GGCGGGGCUAAGCAGCGCGUGCGCGAUACUGUUGCUGUCCCUUUGCUGCUAUUGCGUUGCAAAAAAAAUCCUGACUAGGUAGCCUUGGGCCUUUUCUGUGCUAGAAGAUCUAAAGGAGAAAGAUUUCUGCAACUGAAGGGGCAAUCGGGUAGUAUUAAAUUUGAGAUAUUAACGCCUACCCUUACAGGAGUGUGUGUGGCGUUGGAGUGGGGAAGAACCUUAGCUUUGAGAGCCGAAGAGUGUAAAACCAUUAAUUUCGGGGCCAGGCGUUUUGAAAGGCUUCGCAGGACCUUGUUUUCUGCGUAAUUCUUCCGUUAUUAUUGACUGGUUCAAACACAACCCCUUGAACAAUUCUGAUAAACCUUUGAUACCCGCAGCCCCUCCUUCCAGCGUGUAGGAGCCGCCAGCGUGCCCGGCAGCUGGUCCUCGCGUCCUACCUCUCGAAGAACCUAGCGCGUGCACCAUCCCCACCCCCUGGCCUCCCUCCCCACCUACGGCCUUCACGCACUCGCAGUGAUUGUUUUGCCCGCUCCCGCCGCCGCCGGCGCGGCCGCCAGAGGAGCAGCAGCGCUUGUGCAAACCGGGAAGAUGGCGGCCGGCGGCGGCGGAGGCAGCAGUAAGGCCUCCUCCUCGUCGGCCUCUUCGGCAGGGGCUCUGGAGUCCUCGUUGGAUCGAAAAUUCCAGUCGGUAACCAACACCAUGGAAUCUAUUCAAGGCCUGUCGUCUUGGUGUAUAGAGAACAAGAAACACCACACUACUAUCGUCUACCAUUGGAUGAAGUGGCUCCGGAGAUCUGCCUAUCCCCACCGUUUGAAUCUCUUCUACCUUGCUAAUGAUGUCAUCCAGAACUGCAAAAGGAAAAACGCAAUCAUUUUCCGUGAAUCAUUUGCUGAUGUCCUUCCUGAAGCAGCUGCUCUAGUGAAGGAUCCAUCUGUCUCUAAGUCUAUAGAACGAAUCUUCAAAAUCUGGGAAGAUAGAAAUGUGUACCCAGAAGAAAUGAUAAUGGCACUGAGAGAAGCUUUGAGUACCACUUUCAAAACUCAGAAGCAGCUGAAAGAAAAUCUGAACAAACAACCGAAUAAGCAGUGGAAGAAAUCACAAACAUCCACGAAUCCAAAAGCUGCUCUCAAGUCUAAGAUAGUUGCCGAAUUUCGAUCCCAGGCCCUCAUUGAAGAGCUGUUACUGUACAAGCGCUCAGAGGAUCAGAUAGAGUUGAAGGAAAAACAGCUGUCGACUAUGAGGGUGGAUGUGUGCAGCACAGAAACUCUCAAGUGUUUAAAAGAUAAGACAGGGGGAAAGAAGUUCUCCAAAGAAUUUGAAGAGGCAAGUUCCAAGCUCGAGGAAUUUGUGAAUGGUCUAGAUAAGCAGGUGAAAAAUGGGCCCUCACUAACAGAAGCACUGGAAAAUGCUGGAAUUUUCUAUGAAGCACAGUACAAAGAAGUAAAAGUGGUGGCCAAUGCAUACAAAACCUUUGCUAAUCGAGUGAACAAUUUAAAGAAGAAGCUGGAUCAAUUGAAGUCAACCCUUCCUGAUCCUGAAGAAUCACCAGUCCCUUCCCCAAGCAUGGAUGCUCCUUCUCCAACUGGUUCCGAGUCUCCUUUUCAGGGAAUGGGAGGUGAGGAAUCCCAGUCACCAGCCAUGGAGAGUGAGAAGUCUGCCACACCUGAGCCUGUGACAGAUAAUCGUGAUGUGGAAGACAUGGAACUCUCAGAUGUGGAAGAUGAUGGGUCAAAAAUCAUUGUAGAGGACAGGAAGGAAAAACCUGCGGAGAAGUCCGCUGCUUCCACUUCUGUACCCACAAAGCCAACAGAAAGUAUCUCCAAGGCUUCUUCGUGUACCCCAGUGCCUGUGACCAUGACAGCAACGCCCCCUCUUCCAAAGCCUGUGAAUACUUCUCUUCUGUCCCCUUCUCCAGCACUGGCUUUGCCAAACCUGGCUAAUGUGGAUCUGGCAAAGAUCAGUUCCAUCCUUAGUAGCCUGACAUCAGUCAUGAAAAAUACUGGGGUCAGUCCUGCAUCAAGACCUUCUCCAGGAACUCCUACAAGUCCCAGCAACCUCAGCACUGGCCUGAAAACACCUGCACCUGCCCCGACAACAUCUCACAAUCCUCUGGCAAAUAUCCUCUCAAAGGUGGAGAUCACCCCAGAGAGCAUUCUGUCUGCUCUUUCCAAAACCCAGACACAGUCAGCCCCUGCACUGCAAGGCCUGUCAUCUUUACUUCAGAGUGUUACUGGGAACCCAGUCCCAGCCAGCGAAGCUGCAUCCCAGAGCACUUCAGCUUCCCCUGCAAACACCACAGUCUCUAGCAUCAAAGGAAGAAAUCUGUCCUCCAGUACCCAAUCCUUUAUUCCUAAAAGCUUCAACUAUUCUCCUAAUUCAUCAACUUCUGAAGUCUCUUCAACAUCAGCUAGCAAGGCCUCAAUUGGGCAAAGCCCAGGGCUCCCAAGCACUACUUUUAAGCUACCAUCCAACUCUUUGGGGUUUACAGGAACCCACAGUACUAGCCCUGCUGCCCCACCUACUGAAGUUGCCAUGUGCCAAUCUUCAGAGAUCUCCAAGCCAAAGCUGGAGUCUGAGUCCACCUCUCCAAGCCUGGAAAUGAAGAUCCACAACUUCUUAAAAGGUAAUCCUGGUUUCAGUGGCUUAAACUUAAACAUCCCAAUCCUGAGCAGCUUGGGGUCCAGUGCCCCAGCAGAAAGCCACCCCUCAGACUUCCAGCGUGGGCCUACUAGCACGUCAAUUGACAACAUUGACGGAACCCCUGUGCGGGACGAACGGAGUGGGACGCCCACCCAGGAUGAGAUGAUGGACAAGCCCACAUCCAGCAGUGUAGACACCAUGUCCCUGCUUUCUAAGAUCAUUAGCCCUGGUUCCUCAACACCCAGCAGUACAAGAUCACCACCCCCUGGGAGAGAGGAAAGCUACCCCCGGGAACUCUCCAAUUCUGUAUCUACAUAUCGACCUUUUGGCCUGGGCAGUGAAUCACCCUAUAAACAGCCUUCGGAUGGAAUGGAGAGGCCAUCUUCCCUGAUGGACUCUUCACAGGAGAAGUUCUAUCCAGAUACUUCUUUCCAGGAAGAUGAGGAUUACCGAGAUUUUGAAUACUCAGGGCCUCCACCCUCUGCCAUGAUGAACCUAGAGAAGAAGCCGGCCAAGUCUAUCCUGAAGUCAAGCAAGCUCUCUGAUACCACCGAAUACCAGCCAAUCCUCUCCAGUUAUAGCCACAGGGCCCAAGAAUUCGGGGUAAAGUCUGCCUUCCCUCCAUCUGUAAGGGCUCUCCUGGACUCUAGUGAGAAUUGUGACCGUCUCUCCUCUUCCCCCGGGCUAUUUGGUGCCUUCAGCAUAAGAGGGAGUGAACCGGGGUCUGACCGGUCACCGUCACCGAGUAAGAAUGAUUCAUUUUUCACCCCUGACUCCAACCACAAUAGCUUGUCUCAGUCUACCACUGGGCAUCUCGGUUUGCCGCAGAAGCAGUACCCAGAGCCUCCUCACCCAGUCCCACAUCGUUCCCUUUUCUCUCCGCAGAAUACCCUUGCUGCUCCCACGGGCCACCCACCCACACCAGGCGUGGAGAAAGUCCUGGCCCCCACCAUUUCCACCACGUCGACGAUUGAGUUUAAGAAUAUGCUUAAAAAUGCCUCGCGAAAGCCCUCGGAUGAUAAGCAUUUUGGCCAGGCCCCCAGCAAGGGCACUUCAAGUGAUGGUGUCGGCCUGUCAAACCUCACCCAGCCCAGCUUGACAGCCACCGAUCAGCAGCAGCAAGAAGAGCACUACCGCAUAGAAACCCGAGUCUCCUCCUCCUGCUUAGACUUGCCUGACAGCACCGAAGAGAAGGGGGCCCCUAUAGAAACCUUGGGUUAUCAUAACGCAUCCAAUAGGAGGAUGUCAGGGGAGCCGAUACAGACCGUAGAGUCCGUCCGAGUUCCUGGGAAGGGAAAUAGAGGACACGGGCGCGAGGCUUCAAGGGUGGGUUGGUUUGAUCUGAGCACCUCAGGCAGCUCCUUUGACAAUGGCCCCACAAGUGCCUCUGAGUUGGCAUCCCUUGGGGGUGGGGGCAGCGGAGGCCUCACUGGCUUUAAAGCAGCACCAUACAAGGAACGGGCAUCCCAAUUUCAGGAAAGUGUCGGCAGCUUCCGUUCCAACAGUUUCAACUCAACAUUUGAGCAUCAUCUCCCCCCAUCCCCCUUGGAACAUGGGACACCCUUCCAGAGAGAGCCAGUGGGGCCGUCAUCUGCCCCACCUGCCCCUCCUAAGGAUCAUGGGGGUAUCUUCUCUCGAGAUGCACCCACUCAUCUACCCACAGUGGAUCUUUCGAACCCCUUCACAAAGGAGGCGGCCCUGGCCCAUGCUGCCCCACCCCCUCCUCCUGGAGAGCACAGCGGAGUUCCUUUCCCCACCCCACCCCCUCCUCCACCCCCUGGGGAACAUAGCAGCAGUGGUGGGAGUGGUGUUCCCUUUUCUACUCCACCUCCUCCUCCACCCCCUGUUGACCACUCUGGGGUUGUACCCUUCCCAGCUCCACCACUGGCAGAGCACGGAGUGGCGGGAGCUGUGGCAGUAUUUCCCAAGGACCAUAGUUCCCUUCUUCAAGGGACCCUGGCUGAGCAUUUUGGGGUGCUCCCAGGACCCAGGGACCAUGGGGGCCCCACCCAACGGGACCUCAACGGCCCUGGCCUUAGCCGUGUACGAGAGAGCCUCAGCCUACCCUCCCAUUCUCUGGAGCACCUGGGCCCAGCCCAUGGAGGAGGAGGUGGGGGAGGCAGCAACAGCAGCAGUGGCCCCCACUUGGGUCCCUCACACAGAGACGCCAUCAACCGGAGUGGUAUGAUUUUGCGGAAUCCCCGGCCAGACUUUCGGCCUAGGGAACCUUUUCUCAGCAGAGACCCAUUCCACAGUCUAAAGAGACCCAGGCCACCUUUUGCUAGGGGCCCUCCGUUCUUUGCACCAAAACGCCCAUUCUUCCCUCCCAGAAAUUAAGUGGGAUGUUUUUCAUUCUAGAAUAAAAGAAUGUGAAUUCUUUCUGCUGCUCUUGUUUAAGCUAAAAGUAACGUUUACUUGAAAAGGCUCUCUGACCAUUUGAUUUUAUCAGAAAAUGUGGAGAUGUCAGGAAAGUGGCUUCCUAAAUGUUGGGGCAGGGUGAUUGUCCUCAAAAGCAUGAUGACUAAUACAUGAAAGGAAGACCUUGUACAGUUUAAAAGAUGGACUUUUAAGGGUUGGGCUCUUUUGUGGGGUGUUUUGUUUUUUAAGCUACAAAAUCCUCAUUGAGUUUGUUUCAGGAUGGACGGGAGGAUUUGUAUGUGACUGUCGGGUGUUAACUUUAAGGAAGUCUGUCUACAGCAGUAAAUGAAGAUGACAGUGUAUAUAUGUGAUAUAGUGAAAAAAGACAAUUCUGGUAUUCAUAACAUGAAACAAAGGGGUUUUAUUCUUUCUGUGUCUGUGAUUUAAAACUCCACGCCCAUGCUCUGACUUUUGUAUUUCAACCUGAGUUUAAAAAUAUAAUAAACAAGAUUUUUUUAAAGAAAGCAUAACAUAGUGUGUCUUGGCAAGGACAUGAUUUAUAUGAAAUCAGAAUAUGCGAAGUUGUUACUAAGGUCCUUGGUGCUCACUGUAAAAUCACAGACAGAGAAUUGGUGGGGGGGUCGUGAAUAUGCUGGUACUGCUUAAAACGCAGUGAUAGUAUCAGAAAUCAAGUCCUUAAGUAUUGAGAGUUUACUCUCCAGUCAGCUUAGAUGACAGCCCCCUCCCUAUUUCUCUCUGCCCUCCCAAAAGGUGAGCAUAAAUGGAUUUUGGUUUGAUGCCAGGGAGGGUAAAAUGAUAAGAGAGUAGGACUUUUAUCCUUUUUGAUCCCAGGAAUACAACGUUUGUGAUAUAUAUGGUACAGCUAACCUAUCUGGAUAAUGUGAAUAUGCUAAACUUCCUAAUUGCAGAAUAUUCACUAUCAGUCCUGAAGUUAUCGGGUCAUGCAGAAUUAAGCUUCAGCUGUUAAUUGUUUUGAAGCCGCUGUAAAAUACUGCUUUCUCCCCCUUUUUUUCUCCCCCCCCUUUUUGAAUGGGUGGGGGUGCCUGUUAAGAUUAAAAUUAGAUAUGUUGAAUGAUAUUCUCACGUGUUCAGUGUGGAAAACAAAACAAGUACAUGCUUUAGAGGCAACAACAAUGAAAUCCUUUUGAAAUGUGUAUUAAUAUCAUUUAAUAAAAUAACUAGUUCUGAAGGUUUGACAUUUUUCUUUGAGAUUUCGGGCUUUGACCAAGGUCUCCUGGCUUCCGUGGUGAGCACAACUAGGAGAGAAAACUUCUUCAGGAGCUGAAACUGCUGCUUUGUGGAGCAGACCUAUGGUUGGAAAAUCUAAAUUUUCUCCAGCAAAGACCCUACAUGACUGUCCAGGGCUGAAGGUGAAACCAGCUACAGGAUGCAGAAAGAAGGCCUGGAUGUAUCUCUGAAGAUCUGAUUGUAUUGGCUUUUGGUAUAAGUGCGACGGGGGUCAAGGGGACGGGGUGUGUGCCUGCACGUUUGAGGUGCACAGAUACCACAGACCACCCGUCUUGUCCCUUCCUUGUGACCACUUGCACUUGCCUGUCUUCCAGCCAUUCUUUUUUUUUUUAAUCUCUUUGUCCCCAAUAUUAUGUUUUUGUUUUCCAGUUUAAUAAAGUAUGGUUUCCUU